AUGGCCAGCUUUAUCGCCAAACAGUUAAUCGGUAGUCAAUUAGACUCAGUUAAAGGUGCCCUCGGGGAUAAGAAGGAUGACGAUGGGGGUAGUGGAAGCCGAACAAUCGAUCCCGAAGUUGAGGCGGCGAUCAGGGAAGCAGAGGAACGUCGCGAAGCAAAGCAUCAGAAAAUGGAAGAGGAACGUGAGAUAAUGCGUCAAGGCAUCCGGGAUAAGUAUGGAAUUAAGAAGAAAGAAGAGGAAAAUUUCAACGAACUGGAUUUUUCAAGUCCCGAAGGACGACUUGGGAGAAAGCGAAAAACGGCCGCCGAGUUGGCAGCUGAAGCCACUGCUGCUGAGGAGGCGGAAAAUUCAAUAACAAAUAUGCUUCCCGAGAACAUGAGAGAGAUUGCCAACAAAGUGACCGAGGUACCCGGAAAACUCAUAUCGGAAGCAACCGAAAAGUGUUCCACCAUGUAG